AUACCCCACACAUCCACCCCGAUUGCCAUCCCACGCCACGCAACGCACACGGUGGAAGCACCCCAACAACUCCACUCUCCCCCCAUUAUCCCCAGAUCCAGCCGGCGCUCCCCUCCCCCCACCGCCCGAUCUCGCCGCCUCCGACGGCCACCUCCGCUCUCCGCCCCCCACCACCACACCCCGGGACGACCAAGCUGCCCGCGGCCAGUCCCUAGCCCCCCUCUCCCCAGAUCCACUCCGCCCCCGCGAUGAGCUGGUGGUGGGCGGGCGCGGUGGGCGCGGUCAAGAAGCGGCAGGACGAGCGAGCGGCGGCGGCCGAGCCCACCUUCCAGAGCGUGGCGCUCAUCCUCGGCUCCACGGGGAUCGUCGGCACCUCCCUCCUCGACAUCCUCCCGCGGGACGACACCCCGGGCGGGCCCUGGAAGGUCUACGCCGUCUCCCGCCGCGCGCCGCCCGGCUGGUCCACCCCGCCGCCGUCCCCCGCCGUCACGCACCUCCAGCUCGACCUCGCCGACGCCGCCGCCGUCAGGGACGCCCUGACGCCGCUCUCCGACGUCACCCACGUCUUCUACGCCGCGUGGUCCAGCCACGAGACCGAGGACCGGAACCGGGAGGUCAACGCCGGCAUGCUCCGCAACGUGCUCUCCGUCGUCGUGCCCGGCUGCCCCGCGCUCGCCCACGUCUGCCUCCAGACCGGCCGCAAGCACUAUGUGGGGCCGUUCGAGGCCAUCGGCAAGAUCCCCGCCCCCGACCCGCCCUACACCGAGGACAUGCCCCGGCUCGACCACCCCAACUUCUACUACGACCUGGAGGACGUGCUCUUCGACCACGUCUCCGGCCGCGACGGCGCCGUCACCUGGUCCGUGCACCGCCCCACCGUCAUCUUCGGCUUCUCCCCCCGCAGCGCCAUGAACGUCAUGGGCAGCCUGUGUGUCUACGCCGCCAUCUGCCGCAAGGAGGGUACCACGCUGCGGUGGCCCGGCUGCAAGGUCGCAUGGGAGGGCUUCACCGACGCCUCGGACGCCGACCUCGUCGCCGAGCACGAGAUCUGGGCGGCCGUCGACCCGUUCGCCAAGAACGAGGCUUUCAAUUGCAGCAAUGGGGAUGUGUUCAAGUGGAAGCAGCUCUGGCCGAUGCUGGCUGAGCGCUUCGGGGUGGAGUGGGCAGGGUACGAGGGGGAGGACAGCCGGUUCUCCCUCGCUGACGCCAUGGCCGGGAAGGAGGCGGUGUGGACGGAGAUCCUCCAGGAGAACGAGCUUGUCACGACCGAGCUCGAGGAGAUCACCAGUUGGUGGUUCGUCGAUGCCAUGUUCAGUAUCGACAUUGAGCAUUUGGACAACAUGAACAAGAGCAAGGAGCAUGGGUUCCUCGGCUUCCGUAACACCGUCAACUCCUUCAACGCUUGGAUCGAUAAGAUGAAGGCUUCCAAGGUUGUUCCGUGAUGCUCUUAUUGUCUAGUAUCUAUUGUUGUUUACAGUAUGCUAUCACAUCACAUUUUAUUUCUCAUUUACCAAUUUACUGUUGAAAUUAGCUACAUCCCAUCAUUUGUGCCAAAUGUUGUAAUCUAGAAUAAGCCAGAACCAAAUAAAGCUCCCAAGUUGUGAAUUGAUUAUCUGUGCUCGUCAUGUCUUCAUUGCAAA